CUGUCUCUUAGCAGCUCUCACUCAAACACCACUUGCAGUAUAAAUUCACUCUACGACUUCCUCAUCCUGCCUAUCAAUCAAGACCAAAUACAAUCUGCACCCUCACCUGUCGCCCACGGCGAGCAUUCUUAUACAUUAGCGCUUGCUUGGACUGGACGACGCGUACCGGGAAAACUAGCGCGGUUAUUGGCUGUGUUGACACGCGAACUUCUGGUACUAGGGUUACUUGGGUAAGUCCCAUACAGCAAGACGCCUCAUCAUCUAUCUUCCUUCCUCUAUUACCACCUUCUCUGUAUUCAAGGUCAGCGGAAGCCCCGCGUAAUGGCAGCCCCUCGCAAGCGCAAGCGCAAGUCGACCUCUACGAACCCGAGGAGCAACAAACGCCGAAAGCAGCAAGCCGACGAUUCCGAGCUAUAUUCUGCCAAAGAGAUCAAAAAGGAGAAAUACGAGAAAGGCAAACGAUUCUUUUUGGUGCAGUGGGACGGCAAGGACCCAAAAACUAACAAGAAUUGGGAGCCAUCGUGGAUAGAGGAAGAGUGGGCAACUGCAGCCUUAAUAGAGGAAUGGGAAGAGCAGAAGAAAGACAACAAAGUUCGACCUCUCAAACGCCAGAAACGACCCGUUAUAGAGAGUAGUCAACCAACCGCAGCUGCACCUUUUACCCCCGAACCGUCAAUUCGCGCGCAGUCCACCCUCAGCCAGCCGUCUACAGGAACAUCCAGCUUUCCAAAGCCUGGCCACCCGUCUCCAGAAGUACGAAUUCCACCACUAAGAUCCAGCUUUGACCGCAACGAACACUUGGUAUUUUCGUCGCAGACUGUCAACCUACCACACGGGAACUUCAUAACUAGUUCCCAAAGCUCAACCUACAGUGGUCCACGCGAUUAUCUACACUCUGGUUAUUGUCGCGAUUCGGAGGACGAAGAAGACGAGGGCAAAUACGAGACAGAGAUAGACGGGUCAGCAAGCUACGUUCCCACCACCCAAGAAGCUUCCGGCGCUGGCCAGACCCAGCAAGCAAGUUCUUCUACACCUAGUCAGGAGCUCUCCGAUUCACUGUCUAACCCACCUCGUUCCGUCGCUGAAACCGAUCCUGACGCUGUACACCAACUUGUCGAAGACUCUCAACCUCAGGCUUGUGAGGAAAAGCAUAUCCCAGAAGAUAAGGUGAUUCCAGAUACUUUUGAGACUGUAGAAUCAACAUUACACACCGUCUCGACUGCCUCUGGUGGACACAUUGUGGACGACGGGGACCGCAUUGUUUCGACAUCACAACCCGAGAUCCAAGUGAUAGAGGAAUUUGUAACCGCAGGAGCCGACGUCACGGAUUCUGGAAAAGUCCCUGGACCGGAAGAAGCGGCGCUCCGGUCUUCUAACGAGGCUCAACUAUCAGCAAAGAGACUUUCUCACGACCCCGACGAGGAGACUCCUCAAGUAUCAGACGAACAAAAUCUGCUCCACACAGACGCGGAGACAUUUGAAUCGACAGAGGCAGAGGCUGCUCAACUAGUGAAAGAGGAAAUUCUGUUGCCGACAGAAGCAAAGACUGUCCAGCCAGCUGGUAAAGAACCUUCGUCGUCCAUAGAAGAACCGCUUCACACAGAGAAGGAAUCUUUUCGGUCCGCAGGAGAAGGUACAACUCAGUCUACAGGCCAAGAAGACAAUUCUCACCAAAGCAGAGAUUUCGCUCCUCAACCAGUUGAAGGAGGAGGCGCCGCGCAGCACGCCGCACCCCGGAGCACUAGAGCGAUCUCGCGUUUGGAAGCGCUUACUAAAAAUACUGGCGGUCCAAAGCCUGUCUCUGUCUUCGAGAUAGUACAGCCUAGUCCGGCUGUAAAGCCCGAAACCCACGACGAAAGUGACAGCAACACUGCUCAUACUUCUAAAGCGCAGGCAGACAUCAAUCUCACGAGAGGGCCCGUGGUAUCACCAAAUUGCAUCAGCAUACAGUCAAGUCGGCACACGGCAAGUCCCAUCGGCUCGUGGCCCGCUGAACAAUACGCGCAACUUGUUCCCGCCGAAAAUUGUUCAAGCACCCAGAACGACGGGACCCAGACUGUUUUCCCCACGGUCGAGAAGCGCGAUUGCACUCCAUCUCUAUUUAGUCCUCAGCCGCGUCACGAUUCCUCACAACAGACGCCUGAGACAGCUGACCUUACAACCACUCUAUCUCCUGUUCCAGAUCCACCACUCGACUCCUUGGGGACACUAAGUUCAAACGUACCGGGACGACCCCGAUCUCCAACCGCUCUGAUGGAUAGCUACGAUGAAGGGACAAAGAAGGUGCUUGCUGAGCAAAAUCUAGACCACUCCUUUACUCCCCCUCCACGUCGUAUGCUGGAGAAACUUAACGACAACCGAUCCCCCUCCGCGAUACCUGCAGAACGACCAAUUGCUCCAACAAUACCAUCAGCAUUGCGCACAGUGGUGAUUGCCAACAGCGUCGCGGCUGAAACUGGAGUAGUACCAGCGGCACCCGAGUUGGGACCGAAUGAUGUUGCAGAUGAAACUCCAAGUGUCACCCAAGACGACAAUGAUGACGACGGAAAAGACGAUAACAACGAUCAUAAUAAUGGACACGACGAUGAUGACGACAACCCAGUUUCUACGCUUCCAAGCGCGCCUGCUUCUGUAGACAAUGAAGAGCCCAGUGACAUGGAUGAUAGCGAGAGCUUGCUCAACGACGACCUUGAAUUGCAAUCACAAGAAUUCAUUGUGCCCUUGUCGAUGGAAGGUCGACAGGCUGGUAUCUACAAGGAUGAAUUCAGAAGUCAUAUAGAACUUCUCGACUCGCUUUUGGAUCAGCCGGAAAGCUUCCAUGACUUCGAUAAGGUCCAAGAUGUUCUUGACCGCCUUGGGUGGAUUGAAACUCACGUGGAUCUUCUCUACAACGAGCCAUCUCCCACUCAAACUGACGAUCCGAGCUUGACAACGUUAACACAACUGCAACAUCAAACAAAAUGGAGCUAUGACAACUCGGUGAAAUUCAAGUUUCUUGGGAGUUUCUUGGAUGCAAUCAAGGAUCGCGACAUCAACAUGGUGCUUGUGAUUGAGAAGAAUGACAAGCGACUGCUCACCAUCGUCGAUAGCUUUUUGCGAGGGACACUUGUCAAUCUCAGAAUACCGAUGAGCGGAGUUGAUAUCAUUGCUGCAAACCCAGCAAGCAAUGUUUCGGUGACUGUGUUGUCUAGUGAGGAGAAUACGCUUGUACAGCCACCAGUAGAUCUCGUGGUUCUUCUCGAUGGGAGCCUUGAUGCGAAGCAGAUCCGCAAGAAGAAUUGGGCCAGCGGUUCUGGGAGGUCAACGGUUCCUCUUCUUCAUCUUGUAAUACCUAGAGCAACCGGCCAUGUGGAACGCUACGUCUCGAAAGCUCUUGCACCGCAAAGGCGACUUCACACCAUUAUAGCAACCUUGACCCAAUUUCGGGACGACUCGGUACUUGGGCGAGCUAUCCAUACUCAUAACCCCAAUCCCCAAGAAGCAGCUCAUGCGGUUGCUCAGUUCCUUGUCUCAAGAGAACAAGACCCCGGAUCGAUCGAGUGGCCAUUGCCUUCUAUAGGUAGUAUCAAGGAUCUGGUAGAGUUUCAGUCACAAUUAUCUCAAGAAGCUAUGUUGUCCUCGCCCUCACAAGCACCAACCGCGAAACGCCCACUAGAAGACGACCAGCCUCAUCAUUCCAAACGCAUGCGCUACACUCCUCAGCAGCACCUUGUGGACCCCAAUAACGAGAUAACUCACGUCACUGACUCCAUGCCUGGAACUGCUGCGGAUGCCCUCGAAAUGCGAGCAAGGAUCGAACAUCUCGAAAAAGAGCUCGCUAUUGAACAAGAUAAGCGACGAAUGCAAGAGAAGCGUUCCAAACAAGACCAUAUGCAUUGGGAACAACAGCAGAAUCGUCACGAGGAAUUCAGUAGGACUUAUGCUUCAUUGAAAAAGGAGAGGGAGGUUGCGGGAAACCGCCUCGAGGCCGCUGCCAGAACUGAGACUAAUCUCCGGGAACAGCUAAGCUCCAAGAAGGAUGAGAUUUUGGCAAUGCAGAUCAAAUUGAAGGAACUUCAAGAUCUGCACACCCAAUCUGAAGACGUCAAAGCAGCAGAAAUCACGCGUCUGGGAAAAGUCGUAGAAGACGCCAAGGAGAGCGAAAGGCGGGCUCUAAAAAGCAAGGUUUCUACAGAAAAGGACCUAGAGUAUAUCAAGGACCAGUACCAGAAGGCCCAGGCAGCUGCAAGGGAAGCGCAAGACGAGAAUGACGAGUUGAAAAAACAGCUCACAACAUUCAAGAAGCAGGACCCUAAGCAAGUCUCCGAGCUUGGAAACGGUUUCUACAAGAGGGGCGAGAAGCUUGCGGCUCAUAAAGAGGUUUCAAGCGCGGCGCUGGUCAAAAUGUUGAAGAAACAGCUGGAAUCCAAAGAGCAGGAGAAUGCAAGGCUGAAAGCUGGAAGAGGGGUGGGCGCAGGUACUAGGGCGCAAAGCGUUGGCCCUCGUACUAGGCCAUCAAGCCGCGCUGCGAGCCCACUCCCCACCAACCGAGAUCGCUUGACAAAUUUGAGGAAUGUCGGAUAG